AUGGCGUCUCUUAUUCCGGAAGAGACCAAAGCAAAAAUCCAUUUCGGCACUCAUCCUGACCAGGUUCGCCUUGAUCGCGCUACUCGGUCCUACUACCACCAACGCCGGGAGAUUCGCGCCAUCGAGAACUUGCAGGCACAGUGGGCUAAGCACUUCGACGAGGAAGAAGCAAAGGAGAAGAAGGCAAAGGAGGAGGCAGCUAAGGCAGCAGCAGCAAAGCAACAGGCCCCACGCCCACACCCAAGCCCAAUCCGCGGCCUUCCCCCCCUUGGAACUCUCGCAGGUUUUACCCUCCGUUUCCCACGCCCGACCACUACUGCCCCCCGUCGCGCACCUCCGACCCUUCGUCGAGUCACUCGUCGUCUCCCUGAAAAGAACGAAACCGCAAUCCACCAAGCCGACUUCUCUGAACACCCUACCUUCGCUGACGACUUCACUGCCACCUGCGCCCUCGAUUACCACGCCUUCCUCUUCGAUCGCUACGAAUACUUUGCUUGCAACAACCCAAAAUGCCAGCUGCAUACGCAGCGGCUCCAAGAACUGAACUCGCGUCUAAAGGAAGAUCUCGAGAGGCCUCGUGUCAAGGUCGCUGAAGCAUCCAUGAGCCUAAUCAACUACUGCAACCAAACACGAGACUACAUGGUACCUUCAGUCUGGGGACAGGUGGACAGGAAAGAAGAUCCAUACAAUCCACAGAGUGGAGGAAGUGAAGGUUGUUGCGUCGUCAUGUAA